GAAUGUGCCCAUGGACGUCAAUCUCUUGUGUAAUUUCAUGGAGAGUCUGUGCGGCACUCUCGUGCUGUGUCGCAAUUACCAAAACGGAAACAAACAUACCCUGCACGGUGUCACUCUUCCUCGGAACUGGCUCCUGACGCUUAUGCCUACAAUUGCGGACAUGCAGUGGAAAGACACUCGUUACUUACGGGAGUUCAGCGAGGCAAUGGUAUCGAUGUUGGAUCAUAUCAUCUUCGCUGGCCAAAGAUCGCGAUUUAUCUUUGAGGGCAGAGAUUUCUCAAACUGUGGGGGUCAAGUGAAGAACGCUUUCAUAGCUCGUAUAUGCAUGUGUUUGCUCGGAUACAACGUCCGUGACGAUAAGCUCAGGGAUCAGAUAUUGAGAGACAUCGUCUCACGGAAACCAAACUACGUCUUACCCGCCCUUUGUGCCAGAUACUUCGAGGCCACAACAUGGGAGGGUCUCACCCGAGUUCUGAGAGGAGCGUUCAGUACCACCCGUGAAGGCAUCAGACUUCCGGACCGGCUGGUACAAUUACAUGAUGUGCGACACCCCGCCCCAUCCCGAUCCGUAUUGCAGAAUGUACAAAAACUCGUCUACAAGAAUGUCGACGACAUCUGCAACUUACUGCUCGUUACGUCGGGCUCUAGCGAACCAGCGUUAUUAAGGCCUAAUGCCGAGUCAUUCACGCCUCGGGCGUCGGUACCUGGGAUAAGGGAAGGCAUAUCGGAAGGACCGGCUGCUCCCGCUGACGACGCCGAAGAAGACCUGCAGGAUAUACCGGAGGAGGUUGCUCCUGACAUAGUCGAGGAAGGCUUGGAAGCAAACGAGGACAUUGGCGGAGAAUAUACUUGGGCUAAUACGAUCACGCCUGAAAGGAUUCGAGCUGUCACGAUCAUCCAAACCGCAUACCGGAACGUUCGCCGACGACAAAGGAUGUUGGACGCCUGCCUGUCUACUCGGACUGGUCGUCUCUGGAGGGCCUGCUCGGAUAUUGCACAGUCUACCGACUCAAUGGAGAAGCGCUACCGGUCCCUUUUCUUGGGUCCAUUCGUGCAUGCGCUGCUUUGCCUUGAAGUUCUCUAUUCAUACGCUUCGUUGGGGAAAGAUGGGGCCAAGAAGAGAUUUAAGAAAGCGCAACACCAAGAGUUGGAGGAAACCAGCGAACAGAUGACGCAUUUCAGGAAUCUCCUUCGACAAGUCAUCGAUUUGCAGAAGGAGCUGCAGCCGAAGUCUGACUUCCAUCGCCAAUCCAACGCGUCAUCGCUCGUCGCACGCAUGUCGGACAUCCAACGACUGGUUCAUGAAAUCCGUGAUCAGAGGCAACCCCUUGGCGUGGUAGAGAACUGCGAUAAGAGAUUGGAUCGUGCCCUAGAGAGAGAAGAGCGACGCAAGCAACAGCCCAAGCGGGAGCCUUUGCCGCAGCUAGUCCUGGACGACGAGUCGGACCUUUUCAAUGAUGUUUGGUGA